CCUCGGGACGGCGCGGGGCUGAGGCGAUGCGCAGCCAGGAGGUGCUGGGCCAGGCCGCCCGGCUGGCCUCCUCGGGGCUCCUCCUCCAGGCAUUGUUUCGAUUAAUCACUUUUGUCUUGAAUGCAUUUGUUCUCCGCUUCCUGUCAAAGGACAUCAUUGGCAUAGUUAAUGUCAGACUAACACUGCUUUACUCAACCAGCAUCUUCCUGGCCAGAGAGGCCUUCCGCAGAGCCUGUCUAAGUAGGAGUGUCCAUAGGGACUGGAGCCAAACCUUUAACCUUCUAUGGCUAACCCCUCUCCUGGGUAUCUUUUGGUCCCUCUUCUUGGGCUGGGUCUGGUUGCAUUUGCUUGAAGUGCCUGAUCCCAGUGUGGUCCCCCACUAUGGAGCUGGCGUGGUGCUGUUUGGUCUCUCAGCAGUGGUGGAACUUCUAGGAGAGCCCUUCUGGAUCUUGGCACAAGCACAUAUGUUCAUCAGGCUCAAGGUAAUUGCUGAGAGCAUGUCAGUCAUUCUCAGGAGUGUCCUGACAGCUGUUCUUGUGCUGUGUUUGCCUCACUGGGGUUUGUACAUUUUCUCUCUGGCCCAGCUUUUCUAUACUGCAGUUUUGGUACUCUGUUAUGUUACUUAUUUCACAAAAUUACUGAGUUCCUCAGAAUCAACCAAGCAACAAACUCUUCCUGUCUCCAGAAUAACAGAUCUGUUACCGAAUAUUACCAGAAGCAGAGCUUUUGUCAAUUGGAAAGAGGCUAGAUUGACUUGGAGUUUUUUCAAGCAGUCUUUCUUGAAACAGAUUUUGACAGAAGGUGAGCGAUAUGUGAUGACAUUUUUCAAUGUAUUAAAUUUUGGCGAUCAAGGUGUAUAUGAUCUAGUCAAUAAUCUUGGGUCCCUUGUGGCCAGGUUAAUUUUCCAGCCAAUAGAGGAAAGUUUUUAUAUCUUCUUUGCUAAGGUGCUGGAGAGGGAAAAGGAUGCCAUACUUCAGAAGCAGGAGGAUGUUGCUGUGGCCGCUGCAGUUUUGGAGUCCCUGCUCAAGUUGGCUCUGCUUGCUGGCCUGACCAUCACUGUCUUUGGCUUUGCCUAUUCUCAGCUGGCUCUGGAUAUCUACGGAGGAGCCAUACUUAGUGUUGGAUUAGGUCCCUUAUUGCUUCGCUCCUACUGUCUUUAUGUCCUACUGCUUGCCAUUAAUGGAGUGACUGAGUGCUUCACGUUUGCUGCAAUGAGCAAAGAGGAGGUCGACAGAUACAAUGUCAAAAUGUUGGUGUUGUCUUCCUCUUUUCUGGUGCUAUCUUACCUCCUGACAUGUUGGUGUGGCAGCGUGGGCUUCAUCUUGGCCAACUGUGUUAACAUGGGCAUUCGGAUUACACAGAGCCUUUCCUUCAUUCAUUGCUACUACCAAGGGAGCCCCCAUAGGCCUCUGACUGGCCUACACCUUUCACCAGUCCUCCUGGGGGUGUUUGCCCUCAGUGGUGUGAUCACUGGUGUUUCAGAGCAUUUUAAUUUAAACCUCUUGAUGCCCACUGGACUGACGCUUGAAACUACAAGUCAUCUUCAGACCCUAGCAGAAACCACAGGCCUUUCUUUUGUGUGGGGAGGAGAUAGCCCAUGUGCUGUGGAGAUGAGUGGGGAGCAGCCGCUUGAUGCAGAUGCUGGGUCUGGUUUAGAAGAAGUGGAAUUAAGCUGGGAAGAUUAUCUAGAAGAGACAGGCUCCUUGGCAGUUCCUUAUUCAUCAUUUAAACACGUCGACACACGUUUGCAAAAUGGAUUUGCUCCUGGGAUGAAACUGGAGGUGGCUGUUAGAACAGAACCUGAAACCUACUGGGUUGCCACUAUCAUUACUGCCUGUGAACAGUUGCUUCUUCUCCGUUAUGAGGGCUAUGGGGAGGACCGAAGAGCAGACUUCUGGCAUGACAUCAGGAAGGCUGGCCUAUACCCCAUUGGGUGGUGUGAACAGAAUAAGAAGACCCUCGAAGCUCCAGAAGGCAUCAAAGACAAAGUGUCUGACUGGAAUGCGUUUCUGCGGCAGAGCCUGAUGGGAGCAUGUAGUCCUCCUGUGCCGCUGCUAGAGGGCCUCCGUAAUGGAAGAAAUCCUUUAGAUCUCAUUGCUCCAGGAUCCAGAUUAGAAUGCCAGUCUUUUCGGGAUUCUUUAAGCACAUGGAUUGUCACCGUGGUAGAGAACAUUGGGGGAAGACUGAAACUGCGUUAUGAAGGAUUUGAAAGUUCUGACACUUUUGAACCUUGGCUAUAUUACUUGGAUCCAUUUCUUCAUCACGUCGGUUGGGCUGCUCAGCAGGGAUAUGAGCUGCAGCCCCCACUAGCCAUCAGGCAUCUGAAAACUGAAGCUGAGUGGCAAGAGAUUCUGGCCAAAGUGAAAGAAGAAGAGCCAUUGCCAUCUUACUUAUUUAAGGAUAAACAAGUUAUUGGAACUCAUACAUUUUCUGUAAAUAUGAAAUUGGAAGCUGUGGACCCAUGGGCUCCUUUUGGGAUCUCUCCUGCUACAGUUGUUAAGGUUUUUGAUGAGAAGUACUUUCUGGUGGAAAUGGAUGAUCUGCGAGCAGAAGACCACAUGCGGAGAUCCUUUGUGUGCCAUGCCCACAGUCCUGGCAUUUUUCCUGCACAGUGGAGUCUGAAGAAUGGUCUACACAUCAGUCCACCACCAGGCUACCCAAGCCAAGACUUCGACUGGGCUGACUACCUCAAACAGUGUGGUGCUGAAGCUGCUCCCCAGAAGUGCUUCCCUCUGUCAAUUUCUGAGCAUGAGUUUAAGGAGAACAUGAAACUGGAGGCAGUGAAUCCUCUUCUCCCUGAGGAAGUGUGCAUUGCCACCAUUACUGCGGUGAGAGGCUCCUACCUGUGGCUCCAGCUUGAGGGUUCUAAGAAGCCUUUACCUGAAUUUAUUGUAAGUGUGGAGUCAAUGGAUAUAUUUCCUUUGGGCUGGUGUGAAACCAAUGGCCAUCCCCUCAGUACUCCUCGUCGGGCACGAGUAUAUAAACAGAGAAAAAUUGCAGUGGUUCAACCAGAAAAACAAGUACUGUCCUCGAGGACUGUUCAUGAAGGGCUGAGAAGUCAGGAGCUGAAUGCCACAGACUCAGUGAUAAUUAAUGGAAAAUAUUGCUGUCCAAAGAUAUACUUCAACCACCGUUGCUUCUCAGGGCCAUAUCUUAACAAGGGAAGAAUUGCUGAACUGCCUCAAUGUGUAGGACCUGGGAACUGUGUUCUGGUUCUUAGAGAGGUCCUCACUUUGCUUAUCAAUGCAGCCUAUAAACCCAGUCGUGUCCUUCGUGAGCUCCAGCUGGAUAAAGAUUCUGUGUGGCAUGGAUGUGGGGAAGUCCUAAAAGCCAAAUAUAAAGGAAAGAGCUAUCGUGCUACUGUUGAGAUAGUGAAAACAGCAGAUCGGGUGACUGAAUUCUGCCGGCAAACCUGCAUCAAACUGGAAUGUUGUCCGAAUCUCUUUGGUCCACGGAUGGUUCUGGAUACAUGUUCUGAGAAUUGUUCUGUUCUUACAAAGACCAAAUACACACACUAUUAUGGAAAGAAGAAAAAUAAAAGAAUUGGGAGGCCACCUGGUGGGCAUAGUAACUUAGCUUGUGCCCUGAAAAAAGCCAGUAAGAGGAGAAAAAGACGAAAAAAUAUUUUUGUUCAUAAAAAGAAACGCUCUUCUGCAUCUGUUGAUAAUACCCCAGUGGGCUCACCUCAGGGAAGUGGAGGUGAAGAUGAGGAUGAUGCAGAUGACGGAGAUGAUGAUUCCCUGAGUGAGGGCAGUACAUCUGAGCAGCAGGAUGAGUUACAGGAAGAGUCGGAAAUGUCAGAAAAGAAGUCAUGUUCCUCUUCUCCCACCCAAAGUGAGAUGUCCACCUCAUUGCCCCUAGACAGGCAAAGGAGAAAAAGCGAGCUUCAUACUUUAUCAUUUUCUGAUGAUGAAAAUAAAUCUCCUUCACCAAAGGAAAUAAGGAUUGAAGUUGAUGAACAGCUUCACCUGGACAGCAACCCACUGAAAUGGAGUGUGGCGGACGUUGUGCGGUUCAUCAGAUCCACGGACUGUGCUCCAUUAGCCAGGAUAUUCCUAGACCAGGAAAUCGAUGGGCAGGCCCUAUUGCUUCUUACCCUUCCCACUGUUCAAGAGUGCAUGGACUUAAAGUUGGGCCCUGCCAUCAAGCUUUGCCAUCACAUAGAGAGGAUCAAAUUUGCUUUUUAUGAGCAGUUUGCCAACUGAGGACCGCUCAAGUAUGCUGGAUCAUGAAGCACAAAUGCAUCGAAUCAUCUGUUCUGCUCUCACAGGGAUUGAAAUAGUCUGGGGCUGUGUGCUCUGCAAGUGUCGGCUUGCUCUCUUUGCACUUUCAGGGGUGGAGGACCCACACCGAGGAAGCAAAAAUGACACAGAAGUGGCUCUCCUGCCCAUGGAAAUGUGGACUUCUUCUGUUCAGAAUAUUACUGUUAAAAAAAAAAAAAAACAGUUGUGAGGAAAAACUCUUUAAGCAUUUCCAAUGGUGUGACCUGAAAACCAAGAAUGAUCUUGGCAGCUGGGCAGCUCCAAUUUGGUUAUUUUCAUUCUGGUCCUUCCACUGUAAAUUGAACUUGGUUCUUUUUUUUUUUCUCUUUCUUUAAGAGAGGACAUAGCUUUAAGAUAGCUCUGAUUGGGAACUGUGCCCAAGGCACAUUAGUGCCUCGUUGUCAUUGUGUUUUUAAGCUUUUUAAAAUUAAAACUUCAUCUGGGGGAUGCUUAUGUGGCUCUAGGGUUUUGAAUGUACAGUCACACUUUGAUCCAUUUUAAAAUUUAUUCUUCGGAGUUCCUUUGUUUACUACCUCUGUUGAUAAUUGAGCUUAUAGGCAUGAAUGAUGGGGGUUUUUUUUUGGAUGAUGUCAUUUUUCAGCUCCUAAACACUGAAACUGUAACAGAAGUUGGGAGGAGGGAGCACUAUUUGCCUUCUUAAAAACAUCAUGUGGGUACUUGCACCAGUACCUUAACCAACCUGAUCUGAGAACUCUAUGACAUGUUAUUGUUCUCCUCCCUGACCCAAGUCUGGCCACUUUUGUUAAGUAGCUUCACAAAGACUAUUGGUAAUUCAGUUUAAUUGCUUUCUCCCUGUUGGUUCUGAGAGGGACUUUAAGUUCCUCUUUUAUUUUGUUCACUUUUCUAUGUUUAUUUCGCUUUUCUAAGUCCUUAGUUUGGGUAAAAAUCAGUAGGGGUUUCUUGGACCCACUAUCAAGCCCAUUUCCUCUUUUUUUCUAGGUAUGUCCUAACAAGUCAUGUAAAAGUGCAACAGAGGAAAUGUGGCUUUGGAGGUGGCACAGAGUAUGGAGUUUUUGCAGCAGUGUCCUCCAAAACUGGAAAAGAACUGAGAGUCCAGAAAACUGCAUAGCCAUGUCUCCAGUUAAAAAUUUAAAUUAAAUGUUAUCUGCAGUCAAAGAUUCCCCACUCAGUAACUCAGUGUUCUUUUUUACUCAGCUCAAAUUAACAUGAAGCUCCAGGUGAAUUUUCACUUCUGAAGGCAUUGAUAUCUAUUAUAGAGUCAUAGCACUUACUCUACUGGGAUAGUUAUGAGGGAUGAAGAAAGAUAUAUACAGUUUGCCUCUCUUAAAUGGUUUCCUUUGUUUAUUUAUUUAUUUAUUUUUGGAUUCUCCUAGUUACUUACAAACUUAUCACCCAAGCAUUCCUCAAAAAUUGAAAAUGUUUUAAAACUACAAACUCAGUAAAUUCUGGACAAAUACAGUACAAAUAUACAGUAAUGAUAUUACAGAUUUGAUACAAAUACACAGUAAUGUUGUUACAAAUUU